AUGGAUUCAUGCUGUUUGCCUUGGCUUCUGCUCUGUGAAGCUCUUCUUGUGAUCUCUGGCAUGCCAGCCCCAGAAAACUUUGUAAUAGAUGUAGAUGGAGACAAGGACAUGGACAUAUUAGAGAUCAAUAAAGCUUUGGGACUGAAUCUUUUUGAGGGAGACAUCAUCCUUGAUGAGGGAGACAGAAGUAGCAUUGUUGGUGAUCAAUAUAGAUGGCCUCACAUCAUCCCUUAUGUACUUGAAGAUAAUCUGGAUAUUAAUGCUAAAGGAGUUAUUCUGAGAGCAUUUGAACGGUACCGUUUAAAAACCUGCAUUGACUUUAAGCCAUUGGAAGGUGAAGACCACUAUAUUUCAUUUUCCAACUCAUCUGGGUGCUCUUCUUCAGUCGGAAAAAACCAUUAUGGAAAAAAUAUAAUUUUCAUAGGAUCUUCCUGUGCCAUAAUAGCUUCAGUUCAACAUGAGCUCCUCCAUGCCCUAGGAUUCUGGCAUGAGCAUUCCCGUUCAGAUUGAGAUGACUAUAUUAUAAUAAUGGAGGACAGAAUUGAGCCAAGCAAAUUAAAUAAUUUCUUUUGGCAAUCUGAGGAGGAUUCAAACUCCCUGAAUGUUCCCUAUGACUAUACAUCUGUGAUGCACUAUUCCAAAAAUGCCUUACAACUUGGGACAGAACCAACAAUUAUAACGAAAAUCCCUGCCUUCAUGGAUGUGAUUGGACAACGAAUAGAUUUCAGCCAUUAUGAUGUUGAAAAAUUGAGUCGACUCUACAACUGCUCUUCUUUUAUAACCUUUAUGGAUUCGUGUGAUUUUGAACUGGAAAAUAUCUGUGGCAUGAUUCAGAACUCAGAAGAUAAUGGCGACUGGCAGAGGGUUUCACAGGUUCCUGGUGGGCCUGACACUGAUCAGUCAUAUCUGGGCAAGUGCAGAGGUUGCGGUUUCUUUAUAUACUUCAACAGCAGCUCUAUGAACGAGGGGGAAAAGGCAAUCCUGGAAAGCCGCAUAUUUCACCCCAAGAGAGAGUUUCAGUGCUUGCAGUUUUAUUACUACAAUAGCGGUAACAAAGAUGACCACCUCAAGAUCUACAUCAGACAGUAUACCUCAGAACAUGGUAAUGGCUCUCUUACUCUGGUGGACAAAGUGAAAGAUGCACCCAUUGGGACCUGGCAACUCCAUUAUGUACCAUUGACAGGUACCACCAAAUUCAGGGUGGUAUUUGAAGGAACUCGAGGUGUUGGCACAUCAGCUGGUGGUUUCUCCAUUGAUGACAUCAACCUUUCAGAAACACGCUGUCCUCAUCACAUUUGGGAGAUAAGUAAUUUCACACAAUUCAUUAAUUCAAAGGGAAUCUUUUUUAGCCCUCCAUUUUAUUCUCCUACAGGCUAUGCCUUUCAAAUCCAGUUGCAUCUCCAUAGUUAUAUAGGGAUAUUUUUCUCCCUGAUCUCUGGAGCCAAUGAUGAAAAACUACAGUGGCCAUGUCCAUGGCAACAAGUCACAAUGACACUACUUGAUCAAAAUCCUGAUAUUCGUCAGAGCAUGUCUCAUGAAAGGAGUCUGACUACAGAUCCAUUUAAAAAACUUGAUGAUAGUAAAACCUUUGUUUGGGAUAAACCCUCCAAAGUAGGAGUGACGGCAACUUUCCCUAAUGGAACAUCAUAUAGUAGAGGUCAGGCACUUGGAAGCAGAAACUACAUAACCCACAAAAGGAUUCAAAGCAGAGAUUUUAUCAAAGGAGAUAAGAUUUACAUCCUUUUGACUAUGGAAGAUAUAUCACAUCUCCUUUUCACUGAGCCAUCAUCUAACCCUAUGACAGAGCCAGUGCCUCCAUCAACACCUACCAUAAGUGUCUGCGAAAGAUUCACCUGUGAGAAUGAUGGUAUCUGUGUUAUCCGUAAUGACAAAGCAGAAUGCAGGUGUCAAUCAGGUAAAGACUGGUGGUACAUGGGAGAAAAAUGUGAGAGGAAGGUCUCCACCAAGGAAGUCAUAAUUAUAGAAGUUCUAUGCCCUGCAGUUGUGUUUGUUGCUAUGCUGACAGUGCAUCUUGUGAGUGUCUACUGUGUUAAGAAGAAAUACAGCCUAAAGAGCAAUGUCAAUCCAACCCCAGAAACCUUCGUAAUCGAUGUAGAUGGUGGCAAGGACAAUGACAUACUUGAAAUCAAUGAAGCUUUGGGACUGAACCUUUUUGAGGGAGACAUCAUCCUUGAUGAGGUUGUCAACCUGGAAGCUUUUAGUUAUACAAUAAAAGCUCAUCAAUUCAGAUAA